AUGGCAUUCGCGUGGAAGGCUGCCGGUAUCACCUACAACCGCUACCUGUCGGUCGCCUCGCGCGUCGUGCGCCGCUCGCUGAAGGAGGAUCAGAGAUUGCAGGCUGAGAGGAGAGGAGAGAUGGAUUUGAGGUUCGCUAAGUGGGAGAACGGCAAGCAGAGCGAAUUGAAGUCGGUUGGGGAGGCCAACCAGGCCGCCAUGCAGCAACAGGCUGGCCAGUCGGCGCAGUAA